GGUUUUUUGACGGCUCAAAUUACAAGAGGGCUUAGAUGUCAUUCACCGCCUCUCCCAUCGACCGGGAAAUAUAUAAUCACAUCUCUUGGAAGAAAACACCGAAGGAAACGAAAUCCAAGUAAAAGGCCAAAAUUGAAAACCGGUGGUCCGGCAAUGGAAUGGGAGGUAGAUGAAGGGAAAGAGGCGGCGGCGGUGGUGGUAGGGCUGAUAGAGAAGGCUACCAACUCAACUAAACCUGACUUGGAUCCGCGAAUCCUAAAAUCAAUCAAAUCGGUUGUCCGUCACUCUGAUUUGGAGCUCCGUCUCGCGGUCGAAAACCUAAUGAGCCUCAUGAAACGAGACCACUCUCAGGUACGGUACCUUGCACUAGCCAUAAUCCAUGAACUGUUCAUGCGGUCAAAGCUUUUUAGAAGGCUUAUUGUUGAGAAUUUGGAGCAAUUGUUGAGUUUAAGUGUUGGGUUUAGAAGAAACCAGCCACUCCCUGCACCUCCAGCCAUUGCAUCCAAGUUGCGUUUAAAAGCAAUUGAAUUCUUAGAGAGAUGGAACACUACGUUUGGAAUCCAUUACAGACAGCUCAGAUUAGGAGCUCAGCAGGAGAGAAGAGAAAGAGAGUUGCGGACAAAAGAGAUUCUGUUAAAGAAAUACGAGCUGUUAAAGUCAAACCUUCCUUCAAUCAAGGAGGAAGUAAAGUCAAUGGUUGAUGAAAUCAACGAGUGCUUAGAUAUCCUUCAAACCUGUAAACAACCCAACCUCCCGCUUUCUCCCAUCGAUGAAGAAGAAGAAGAAGAAGAAUAUUUUGAGGAGUUUCGUAACCUUGAAUUGCGACAGAUUCGCGACAAUUCAUUAAAAGAAGCAGAUAAGGUGCAGGAAAACAGCGAAAACAAAGUUGUUUUCGACGCGUUGAGAGAACUUUACAAGCUUUUAGUGACCAAACAUAUAGUUGCAGUACAGGAAUCAAUUUCUGUUCUUAUAAGGGUAGAAUUGUCCGAUAACAGAGUUAGAGACUCCAUGUUAAAAGAAUUCAUCGAUACCCGAAAUCAUCUGAAAACAAUCAAAAAGAAAUGUGAAGAAGCAGGAUGUGCUCUUUCAGUCACUACAGAUGAAGGAGGAGAAGAAGAAGAAGAUAUCUGGGAAGAGGGCACAAGUGAAAGAUUUGAUAUUCCAAAACCCAAUAAGCAGAGCGAGGAGGAUCAUGAUGCAAACAAGAGUAAAGAUUCUGUAAAAAUUAUUAAUAAUAAAGUAGUUUGUGAUGCUGAUUUGGACCCGUUAAAAAGCAAGCUCAUGGGUGAAGCCCCGGUGAUGAAAUGGGGUUCCUUUUUGGACAACUGGGGUUCGGUUAUGGCUAACCAGAGAGGGUUAGAGGUUGAAGGACAUUGGGGUCGGGUUGACUAUGAUGCAGUGGUUCCAGCUAAUAAAAUUGCCGAGCUAAACAUUCAGGCAACUGUUUAUGAAGAAGAAGAAGAUGAUAAAGAAAUUCAACAGUGCGGUGCACCUCUAAAAAAGGAAAAGGGGGGGCUUUGUACGCGAAGGGAUUUGAAAAUUUGCCCUUUUCAUGGGCCUAUUGUCCCCCGAGACAACCAAGGGAAACCAUUAAUAAAUGAUGAUGACUACUUGUCGAAGAAGAAUCUUGUGUUAGUGUCGACAGAGGAAUUAGUGAAACAGGCUGUGAAUAAUGUGAGGGAGAGAGAUACUACUACAAAGAAAAGGGAAUAUUAUUAUGAUAAUAAUGUGAGGGAAAUGAAACGGGCUAAACUUGCAAAAGUUCGUGGCCACAAUGACACUGUUUUGAGAGAUGCAGCACUUGCUUCCACUUCAGCUACCUGUUCCAUUGGUGAAGAUGUCGAGACAACAGAGAAGAAUAGUCUUGCAAAGAUGCUGAAAAAGAAAGUAAGUGUCAAGGAUAGAUUGGGUACAAGGCUACUCAAUAGGAAGGCAACUGCAAGAGCAACACAGACCAUGAAUCUUGGAGAUGAUGAUCAUUCAAAGUACAGAGAAGCCUUCCCUAAUCAAUGGUAG